GGCCUGGCAUUAAAACCCAUCUAUCUUAACCUGGGUUAGACAAUAUUAUCUCACGUUUGUCACUCCAUGAAAGGUCUAACAUUUUAUGUCUCAAUUUUGCUAUGUCUCUUCAGUACUUGCAUGCACGUAUCUGGAGUUGGUCAACCUGAAAAACACCAGCUUUUGGGUACAAUUGGUACACCUUUUUCCUUCCCACAAACAAAAUAACAGGGAUAAAACACGGUACGUACACCUCAAACUGAUCAUGAAACCAGGCGACACUUGUCUCCCACAUGACCACAGCAGUGCUUGCUGCUGAAAUCAACAUCAAAUCAGGACUUCAUUCAUGGUUUACUCGGCUCGAUUGUGUACAAGACUUUUUCUCCAAAUACCACUGAGCCUGGGGUGAAAAUUUCGUCGCAUACAGCUCUUCAUAUCGAUCAGAUAAUUCUACAGGAGAAUAAUGCUUCUACUUAAAUGUUACAAACACCUGACAGAGACCUAACGGUAACCCGGCCCCGCCUGUAGCUAUGUUUCAUGUGUGCAGUUAUCAUACAACCGGGGCUCCGAAGUGGGAAGGGGCAAUUUCAUUCCAUUGGAUGUUAAGUCAAUCCCAGAAACCCUUACUCGGAACUUUCCGGAACAAUCCGUAAUGUGCGACACGUGAUCUAAUUUUCGUUCGUGGCCAAUGAAAGCCUUUGAUUUAUACCACGUGAAUACCCAGCUUGACGAAUAAUUCAUCUCCGCCUGAAAUUUGGGUGUUCGGUAAUCCUCGCUGUUUUCUGUGACAAGCGUAAAACUUUUCAUCAACAGCCGCCAUCUUGGACGGGAUUUGUGAGCAAUUUGAGGGAAUUUUAAGCCCAAAUUCUCGCAUGAUUAUUCGCGGAAUUAGGAUUUUUUUCCGUAGAUGGUUUACAUGGUGUUUCGUAGAAUAGGCCUACGUGGAUCAUGGCUGUUCUAAAGCUCUCUGGGGGGAGAGUUAAAGAUGAAAUGAGACGUCGUACGGCCGCUUUGUGCUCCCGCAAGCUCAUCGAGUGAAUUUCGGGACCACAGGAGCGAGUGGAUUCGGCUCUAGGAUGGGAACAGUUAAACUUUUUGCAUAUUCGGACUUGAUUUGGUUUUUUAUGGAAAUUUGUUGCGUUUGAUCUGCUCGGAGAGCCAAAUUAUUUACAUUCUCUGAGUUUAUAUACCCGGGUACCGUUCCGUGGAAGGGAAAUUGUCUCUGAACAUGGCCGACCAGCUUGGCGUUGAUGGACCUCCACCGAAGCGUCAGAAGAUUGCUUCAAGUUCAAGCGACGCCAGUGGUGAAGCUUUCACCUUGGGUGCCCUGUUGGAUUUGGAGAAAGAGUUACCUGAUGAUCUGAUGGGAGCAAGUACCAAUUCUGCUCAAAAUGGACCUAAUGAUUCACACAUAACAUCUCAGCUUUCCCAAGAUACAUCUCAAAAGCACCAACAAUUGACCCAUCUUCUGAAGGCUAGUGCAAAUCCUACACCCCCACAGCCUGGUGGCAACAACAGCACUUCCAGUCCCCAAAGCCAGGGGUCUGGCCCUCCAAGUCGAAGUCCCAGUGUGGGCAUUUCAACAUCUGUGGCAAAUGCUGUGAAAAGUCCUUUAUCAAACAGUUUGUCUUCUCCCCCUCAUGGAGUUUUAAACAAAUCGGGAACGCCUACUUCUCAUAUAAACAAUGACGCUACGGUACCGAAUAAUAGUGCUGCCUAUACUGUGGCGAACUCGAGUGGGAGUCCAGCUCUGGGCACAUUGGCCAACAUGAAUGCUAACAUGGGCAUUAAUGUGAAGGCAAUGGCUUCUCAGAACAUGCUGAAUAGUGCAGUUGGCAUCAAUCAACAGCAGCACCUUUCUCACCUUAUUAAUGGGCCUCAUCACAACAUGGGUGGACCAGGUCAGGGCCGAGGUGCAACAAGUAAUCUGUUGGGAAAUAGCCUUAACUCAAACCAGCAAGGGAAUCCUUCACAGAACAUGGGACCUCCUAGCAUGAAUGCAAAUCUGGCAAAUCAGCCAAUGAUGAAGCCUAAUGGUCCAAUGGGUGGAGGUACUGGUGGUGGGCCAUAUGGAUUUAACAACCCCAUUGUGAACCACCCUGCAUCUACAGCCCCAUUUAAUCAGCCGCUUCCUAAUGCCAUGUCCACUGCCUCUGGAAUGCCUAUGACCUCUGCUUCCAAUCAGAAUGUGACAUCAAUGAAUACUCCUGCUCAACCUGCUGUUGGGAUGCAGCAACCUCAUACUGCUGAUCCUGAAAAAAGGAAACUGAUCCAGCAACAACUGGUUUUGUUGCUGCACGCACACAAGUGUCAGAGGCGAGAGCAGGCCAAUGGCGAGGUUCAACCCUGUGCACUUCCUCACUGUAGAACUAUGAAGAAUGUCCUCACCCACAUGACCACAUGUCAGGCUGGAAAAACUUGCCAAGUUGCACAUUGUGCAUCGUCACGGCAGAUCAUCACUCACUGGAAAAAUUGCACCAGAAAUGACUGUCCUGUAUGCCUGCCUUUGAAGUAUGCAUCUGAUCGAACUAGGAAUACAGCUGGUACUGUACAGCAGAGUCCUGCCACAACUCAAGUGACUAGUUCAGGUCCAUCACCCACAGACAUGCAGAGGGCACUCAGUGCUUUAGGUUUGCCCAGCAGUUUUGCCAGCACUACGCCUCAAAACAGAAAUAAUCCUAUACAAGCAGCUCCUUUGGCAAGUUCAAGUCCUGGGAUGCUGCCACCAGCUGCCCUGAGUAAUCAACUCUCCCAGCCAGGCCAGAUACGGCCUGCUUCUGCAGGGCUGGCCUUACCGGCCCCCUUCAACCAACCCCUGAACCCUGCUGAGGCAGCACUUCCCAAUGUUGCAUUUACCAUGGGUACCAAAGACUGGCACCAGCAUGUCACACAGGACCUAAGAAAUCAUUUAGUGCACAAGCUUGUGCAUGCAAUAUUCCCUACUCCUGACCCAGCAGCUUUAAAGGACAGGAGGAUGAACAAUCUAGUCGCAUAUGCCCGUAAGGUAGAAGGAGACAUGUAUGAAACAGCUGGAAGCCGGGAGGAAUAUUACCACCUGUUGGCUGAGAAAAUCUACAAAAUUCAGAAAGAGUUGGAAGAGAAGCGAAUGAACCGGAUCAAGGAGCGGCCAGCUAAUGCUAACCAGCCCAGGGGUCCUCCCCCGCCCAGCUUUUUGCUUUCCUUAGAUGGGCCACUGUCUUCACCAGGACCCCCUGGCCCCCCAAUCCAGUCUGGGGCUCCCAGGAUGACACCACCAGCUGGGGCAAAUACAAAUGACCCCUAUGCAUUGCCACCUACUACACCUAUGCCAGAUGUGCUACGUUUACCAUCAGGACCCUUGUCUGGUCAACCACGGGCUCCCGUUCCAUCCACACAGAUGGUGUCUCCUGCCAACUCAUCUCAAGCUAAUGUAAAUGUCGGGAUGAGGGAAUCUCAACAGGACCAGAUGAAGGAUGUGUUGAGCAGACAGUUAAUGAUGGGUUCAUCGACUCCACAACAACCAACAGUGCAGCAGGAUAUCAAAGCUAAUAUUAAACUAGAGCCUCCUGAUGCACAAAUGAAUCACACCUCUCAAUCACAGACGAACCAGCAGAUCAGCUCCGGGCAGCCACCUCAGCAGGCUCAGGUAGCACAACCUGGCCAGCAGGCUCCUCAUACACCAAACUCCAUGCAGGUAAAACAAGAAAUGCAACAGGUGAAACAAGAAUUGCUACAAGUGAAACAGGAACCGUCUAGCCAACCCCAGACUCCACCUGCUCCACAGAACAAGCCCCCUGUUCCCAAACCAUCUCUCCCACCUCAGAGGUCCUCACAAGCUGCAGCUUUGGCGGCUGCCCUGUCAUCUCCCUCCUCUGUCACGACCAGUACUACAACAACAACAUCCACCAGUGUGGCCUCCUCUUCCUCCAUCACAACUACAUCAUCAAUGGGCAAAGACAUGAAGGGAGGCGUGAAGAGUGAGCCGGAUGAGGAUUCGGGAGGUAAGGGCAAAGGAAAGGGCAAAAUGAUCCUGACCAAUUCCACAUCAACCACAGCGUCCACAGGAGUGAGCACACCAGGAUCAUCACAUGGCAAACAGAUAAAGGAAGAACCCUCCUCUGGCUUUGAUCCACUCACACCGAAGACAGAGAUCACAGACACAACAAAUGAAGAAAAGAAACCAUCUCCCAUGGACACUUCUACAACUACUGCCAAUACUCCAGCAUCAAAUGCAAUCAAACCCAAAUCUAAGAAAGUUUUCAAACCAGAUGAGCUUCGUCAAGCUUUGAUGCCAACCCUGGAGAAACUCUAUAGGAUAGACCCAGAGUCGCUUCCCUUCCGUCAGCCUGUGGACCCAAUUAUGCUGCAGAUUCCUGACUACUAUGAAAUAGUAAAGAAACCAAUGGACAUGUCCACAAUCAAGAGGAAGUUAGAUACAGGCCAGUAUACAGAUCCCUGGCAGUAUGUAGAUGAUGUCUGGCUCAUGUUUGACAAUGCCUGGCUGUAUAAUAGGAAGACUUCCAGGGUGUACAAAUAUUGCUCCAAGCUUGCUGAAAUCUUUGAGGGCGAAAUUGAUGGUGUGAUGCAGAGCUUGGGUUAUUGCUGUGGUAGAAAAUAUGUCUUCAGUCCUCAAGUGUUGUGCUGUUAUGGGAAGCAGCUGUGUACAAUACCUAGAGAUGCUGUAUAUUACAACUAUCAGAACAGCUCAAGAAAACUUGGCCUUCUAUCUGACAGAUACGUUUACUGUGAAAAGUGUUUCCAAGAAAUUGUUGGUGAUGAUGUUGAGCUAGCAGAUGACCCAACCCAGCCUGUAACGAGGAUACAGAAGAGCCAGUUUCAACAGAUGAAGAAUGAUCAACUGGAUUAUGAAGAAUUUGUCGAGUGCUUAGAAUGUGGACGAAAGUGGCAUAAAAUUUGUGCAUUACAUUUGGAAUCAAUAUGGCCACAGGGAUAUGUCUGUGAGGGGUGCCACAAAGCAAAAGGGUCGAAGAGGAAAGAAAACAAAUUCAAUGCAAAAAGGUUACAAACAACAAAAAAUGGUCUCCAAAAUACCAAGCUAGGUACCUAUUUGGAAAAUCGUGUCAACAACUUCUUGAAGAAAAAAGAUGCUGGUGCUGGUGAUGUAACAAUUAGGAUUUUGUCCAGUUCUGACAAAAUUGUUGAAGUAAAACCGGGUAUGAAGUUGAGAUUUCCAGACAACAAUGAUAUGCCUGAGAGCUUCCCUUAUCGAGCUAAAGCCAUGUUUGCUUUUGAGGAAAUAGAUGGCACAGAUGUAUGUUUCUUUGGAAUGCAUGUUCAAGAGUACGGAUCUGAAUGUGACAUGCCUAAUACAAGGCGUGUGUACAUAUCAUACCUGGACAGUGUUCAUUUCUUCCAACCAAGACAUCUUCGAACAGCCGUUUAUCAUGAGAUACUCAUUGGUUAUUUGGAGUAUGUAAAGCAACUAGGGUACACCAUGGCCCACAUCUGGGCUUGCCCACCCAGUGAAGGGGAUGACUACAUCUUCCACUGUCAUCCUCCAGAACAGCGUAUUCCUAAACCAAAAAGGCUUCAGGAGUGGUACAAGAAAAUGCUGGACAAAGCCAUAAUUGAACGAGUUGUUGUUGAUUACAAGGAUAUACUCAAAGAUGCAAUUGAAAACAACUUGACUAGUGCAACGGAAAUGCCAUAUUUUGAGGGUGACUUUUGGCCAAAUGUGUUAGAGGAGAGUAUAAAAGAGCUGGACCAGGAGGAGGAAGAAAAGCGCAAGCGGGAAGAGGCAGAAGCUGCGAUGGCAGAGCAGGUGGAAACAGAAAUGGUUGAGGGCGAUGAUGUUGGCCAGUUAGCGGGCAAACAGGGCAAGAAGAAGGGACAGAAAAGUGGCCGAAACAAGAAAGCUAACAAGAGCAAGAACAGUCAACGGAAGAACAAUAAGAAGAGUAAUCUGCCCUUAGGAGGUAGCGACUUGUCUGCAAAAUUGUAUUCCACAAUGGAAAAGCAUAAAGAGGUUUUCUUUGUGAUAAGACUACACAGUGUCCAACAAGCUCAGAACUUACCUAAGAUUCAGGAUCCAGAUCCUUUAAUUUCCUGUGAUUUGAUGGAUGGCCGUGAUGCAUUCCUUACCCUCGCGCGUGAAAAACAUCUUGAAUUUUCUUCUUUACGAAGGGCAAAAUUUUCCACCAUGUGCUUACUGUUUGAGCUGCAUAACCAUGCCAAGGAUAGCUUUGUGUACACGUGCAACAACUGUAAAGCCCAAGUGGAAACCAGAUACCACUGUACAGUUUGUGAUGAUUUUGAUCUGUGUGUUCCCUGCUUUAAGAAGGACAGUCAUGAACAUAAAAUGGAGAAGCUGGGCUUUGAAAUAGAGGACGGAACUUCGUCUGGUGAUAGUCAGGAGAAUCCGCAGGAGUCCAGGAGACUUUCAAUUCAAAGGUGCAUUCAGUCCUUGGUUCAUGCAUGUCAGUGCAAAGAUGCAAACUGCAAACUUUCAACAUGCCCAAAAAUGAAACGUGUUGUUACACAUACCAAGAGCUGCAGGCGAAAGGCUAAUGGUGGUUGUUCCAUCUGCAAGCAGCUCAUUGCGUUGUGUUGCUAUCAUGCAAAACAUUGCCAGGAGAUUAAGUGCAUUGUACCAUUCUGUACUCAAAUUAAGCAUAAGUUAAGACAACAACAACUGCAGCAAAGGCUGGCCCAGGCUCAGAUGUUGCGACGAAGAAUGGCCUCAAUGCAGACGAACCGGAAUCCUACAACGGCAACAACAACAACAACACCAGCUCCACAGGUGCCAGCUCAAGUACCACCUGUGUCUUUGCCAAAUCAGUACAGUCCAGGAGCUCAAUCUGUGGCAGGUGUACCCGUGGGUGUAGGUGGGAAGAGUGGUGGUCCUCCACCAGCUGCAAUGCAUGCCGCUAGGUUUGUGCAAGAGGUUGCUCAGCAGCAGGCCAGAGUGAAACCUAUUAAUGUUAAUAUGCCGCCUCCACAGGUGCAAGCUAGGCCAAUGAACACAAUGCAAACAUCUCAACCUCAGCAACAACAACAGCACAUGUUGCCAUCGCUGGAAAGAUGGCAGUCGUAUCCUCAAGGUGGACAGCCACAACCACAGCCGAUUCAACAACCUGGGCAGAGGAUACCAAUGCAACAGCCUCCUCCCCAACAGACCAGCACUCAAGCAAUGGCCACGGGAGGGAUGAACCCACAACAGCCACGUUUCAACCAGUCAACGAAUCAGGCUCCGGUACAUGAGCUCAUGCAGGCAUUGAAAGCUCCGACAACACCACAACAGCAGGAAGUGGUCUUAUCGAUUCUCAAAUCGCAUCCUCAUCUUAUGGCUGCAGUGUUGAAGCAGAGAACAGCUCAGAUCCAACAGCAGCAACUUCAGCAUCAGCAACAGCAUCCCCAACAACAUCCUCACCCCCAACCACAACAUCCUCACCCCCAACAGAUACAACAGCAUGCACAACAUCCCCAACAACAACUGUCACAGCUUCAACAACAACAACAACACCCUCAGCAUCACCAGCAUCAACAGCAACACCCUCAACAUCAGCAACCUCAUCCUCCGCAACAGCAACAACAAAUGCAGAACAUGCCAGGACUUGCUCAAAUGCAAUCAAUGCCUCAGCAGCCAGGGGGGCAACAGUUGACGUCACAGCCUACUACACAGCAGCAGCUGUGGUAUCAGCAGCAGCGUAUCCGGCAGAUGCAACAGGAGCAGCAACAACAGCAACAACAACAGCAGCAGCAGCAGCAACAACAGCAGGCUCAGCAGUUCCAACAACCACAGGCACCACAGUUCAAUUCUCAAAGGGCGCGAGUAAACUUUGGCCAGCAGCAAAAUUACCCCGAUCCUGCUGCUCAGCAUAGAGCCCAGCAGUUCCAACAACAACAGUUAAUACAUCAGCUGCAGCAACAGAAGGCCCAAUACAAACAGAUGGUUGGGGUACAGCCAAUGAGCCCUCAGCGUAUGCUUGCCAAACAAACUGCCUCACCACAACAGCUUAUGCAGCAGGUUCGUUCCCCACCAUCAGCCACGACCCUCCCUCAAACAGUACGUUCACCACAACCGAUUCCCUCACCACGUCAACAGCCUAUUCCAUCACCUCGUCAGCUUCAACCAUCACCUCAUCACAUACCCCCAAACCAGUCCCCCAGACCAGUGAUGGGGCCAGGGGGAACAGGCGAUCCAAACCAAAUGAACUCUGAGCAAGUCAUGCUUCCUCAAAUGCAGUCCCAUGCAGGAUUGUCUCAGUUACAAAGCCCUGCUACGGCAGAGUUAGUGAUGGGGCAACCUGAUCAUGAUGUCAAUAAUCAAAUGACUGCACAAGACCAACUAUCACGAUUUGUGGACAGCUUGUAGUACUAAAUGAAAUUAUCAUAAUAAUUGUAUUACUGCUGGGGCAGCUUGUUUCACAACUUCCCUGGAAGAAGACUCUUGCGAUUCAUGGAAAGAGUUUAAGUUAUGUUUCAAUUUGUGACGCAUAUGAAGAGAUCAUUGUUCCCAGUGUACACGUAUUUGUCCAUGCUUUUCUGAACAAAUUUCCCCAGGACUUAUUGAGAAGAGUAUGUUUUAAUAUAUUAUUUUAUAUGGUCUCAUUGAAGUAUGGGAAUGUAGUUGACAGAUGCCGUACAGAACCUUGUAUGAUAUAUACAUACAUACAUACAUUCACACAGACUAUGUAUUGUCCCUGAGACCUUGUGAGGAGCCAAUGUUUAUUUCAUAUUUGUAUAGCUAGUGUUAUAAAGAUUGUCUCCCCUUGCGCUAUCUACAUGCGAUGCUGUACAAAUAUGCUAAGCUGUUAAUUGUCUGUCCUAGUUUUAUUUCUAAUAGGUGGUUAUCUGUAUAGUACUUUAACUGAACCACAUGUACUGUAAUUUGUUGUUUGCUGACUGUAAAGUAACUUACCAGCAAGACCUGGGAUCGUUACCGUCAGUGUUUGCUGUUUCAUACCAGCCAUGUGCUAUGAUUGUUGAAGAGAAGAUACUAUAUGGAGGAGAAUCAUGGAUAAAUCUCGCAUGUUAAGAUAGACUGUUUCAUAAUUCCAAUGAGUCAAAGACAUUGUACAGAAAAGCACAUUAUAAAACUCAUUUCUUACUUAUGAUAAGCUGCUAUCUUAUUUUAUGAUAUGCUGCUAUCUCAAUAAACGUGUGCACUUUUCCAGUUUUACACUAUCUGGUACCAUAUUUUUACUUGAGAAGUCGGGGUUUACAGUAUAUUCUCAAGGCUUUAGUGAUAUGAUUUGUGGGUUACGAUGGAAACCACUUUUUGUCUGCCUAUAAUAUGCUGGAUUAUGAUGCCUUUCACUUUCCUUGCAAAUUGUAUUAGUACCAUCCAUUCAGAAUAUUUUUCAAUCAGUGCCGUCCGUAUUGGAUCAGGAUACAAUCUCAGAAACUAUCUUGUUCGAAUCCAGUUUUUGUUACGACUAAAUCUUUGGCAGGUUUUCCAAGUAGGUGUGGUACGGCCUGCUGUUCACACCCACAAAACUAAUCGCCGCCAUACACGUGUAACAUUGAGCAUUGCAUGAAACGCGUUGAAAGAAAGUGACCAGAGGAAGUGGGAAUUGGUUCUUUUCAUACAUCAUUUGUCUUAAAAUGUCUCGGAUGUGUAAAAGAUGCAUAUAUGAUAAAUUUAACCACUGAUUUUAUGU